ACACAGUCCUGAAGCCAGCGCAAUAAAUAAAUUAACAGAUCAGAGUUUUGCUGAUUAUCUGGGAGCCAAGACAUCAUGAGCAGUGGCGCCAAUAAUAACACACCAUUUUGGCCGACUUGGCGAUCUGGACAUGACUAUGGUGCCUAUGCUCCUACCAACAGCAAUGAUCCGAACCGCAUCGAGCCUAUUUUUCGUCAUUCCCUUCCCUUCCAAGCCACUGCAGAUGCCAGUAGAGGUUCAAGGGACCCUUGGCAGAUGCCAGAGGAGAGAGUGACAACACGACCUUUCAGCUUGUCAGGUUUCCCAGAUCUUCCACGUACUCGUACUCCAGUGCAAAUUGUAUGGCUUGACAAUGUCCCAGCAAGGGCGGUAAAUCCCAGGUUCUCAGGACCCCUUCAAAGGUUCACAGUCCAGCAAGUACAGCUCCCAGCUUCCCCUGCCCAACAAGAAGAUUCCAGAUCGGCUCGAGACGAGCAAAGCAAUGCUUUAAGUAAGCUGAAGAAGGAAAUUUACAAUCCUAUCCCCAAGCAGAUGACAAGGAGGUUAAGCAUGUACUACAGGGAUCAAAACAGAAGCAACUUGUAUAAUGAGAAGGAAAGAGAGAAAGACGAGGAUGGGAAGAGGUGUGCAAUUUGCUUGGAAGAUUUUGAGCCUAGAGAGCAAGUCAUGCUCACUCCAUGUGACCAUAUGUUCCAUGAGGAAUGCAUCGUCCCAUGGGUGAAGAGUCAUGGCCAAUGUCCAGUCUGCAGAUUUGUGCUUAGCGAGCGCAUUAGACAGAAUGCAUCUUCUAUAAGCAAUAACAACGCCUCAAAUGUAGCUGCAACUGACCUAUUUGCAGGAGAGUUGAUCUCGAUUAUAAGGGCAAUGGAGGAGGCUUUCCUAUGGGGCAAUUCCCAUUGAUUUAUGCAUGUUUUUCUAUGAUGGACAAUGUCUAUGGAAUAGCUGCUAUUUAGUUUUUUUUUUCUUUGAAAGGUGAUUUUAUUAGCACUAGCAUAAUGUCAAUCGAAGUCUCUAUAUUAUUUGUAAAAGACUUUUAAUAGCA